AUGGAGCAUCCCUUCGCAAAACAAGAACCUGUUGACGAUCCGAAUGAAAUGGCUACGAUCCCAGAAUCUCCGACCUCCAAAAUCAAACAAGAAGAUGGAAACGAAAAUUCAACUCCCAAAAAGCGCAUCCGCGAAAAUACACAGACCACGAUGGACGAGAACGAAUCCCCCACUAAGAAAAGCAAGGCAAAAGCCCCCGGCAAGAAGGCCGGCUUGGGCCCUAUCCCGACGAGCUACGACGAGGCGAGUGAGGAGGAUAAGCUGAUUAUUAAGAUGAGAGAGAAAGAUGGCCAGGGAUGGUCGGAUAUUCGCAAGGUUAUCGAAGAAAUCACUGGGGUCAAGUUCGGUGGUAGCAGCCUUCCAAGCCGUUAUGGGCGCAUGAAGGCCAACUUUACUGUUUUCGAGAAAGAGGACGCAGACUACCUUCUGCAGGCGAAAAAAGGCAUCGAAGAGAAAAUGGAGCACGAGAAAUGGCAGAGGAUCGCUGAUGCCAUCGAAGCAAAGAGCGGAAACAAAUACCCUACGUCCGCGGUGCAGAAAAAGUUUAAGGAACUGACCAAGAAAGUCAAUGGAAACGGGGUGGUUGCUGCAGCUGUCGAGGAAGAGUGA